AUUUCCCCCCUCCUCCACCAGAGAGCAGCUUAGUGUUUCCUCCUCCACCUCCUUCCCCAGCUUCCUCUGCAGGUUCUCCCCCCCCUGACAGAUCAGGGUCUCCAGUCAAAAAGACCAGCAAGACGUCAAGCCCUGGAGGGAAGAAACCACCUCCAACACCUCAGCGAAACUCCAGCAUCAAGUCCGCCAGUUCCACCGAGUACCAUGAGUCCAAGAGACCUUCAGUGGACCGCCUUGUCAGCAAAUUUGCACACCCACCAGAGCUGUCAGGGUCUCCUUCCAAGGAGUCAUCACCUCCUGCAGCCCCUCCAAAGCCAGGAAAGCUCAACCUUUCUGGGGUGGGCCUGCCCAUUGUCCUCCCGCAAGGAGGGAUCCCGGCCAAGGCUCCUGCUCUGGGUGUGUCUGAGAAGGAACCUGUGGUUGAAUUCCCUUCGCCACCAUCCGAUUCGGACUUUCCACCGCCACCACCUGAAAUAGAUCUUCCUCUCCCACCGGUUGAGAUCCCAUCCGUGUUUUCAGGCAGCACCUCCCCAAAAGUCGCGGUUGUCAAUCCCCAGCCUCAGGCGUGGUCAAAACCACCUGUGAAAAAGGCUCCGCCACCCACACGCCCCAAGCGGAACGACAGCACUCGGCUGACGCAGGCGGAGGUUGCAGAGCCGCCGGGGUCAGCUGCCCCUCAAGUGCCCACUUCACCCAAGUCCAGCCUUAGCGUUCAGCCGGGAUUCCUGGCAGACCUCAACCGGACGCUGCAGCGGAAAUCCAUCACCCGGCACGGCUCCCUCUCCUCCGCACGGAUGUCCAGAACAGAGCCCACGGCCACCAUGGACGACAUGGCCCUGCCUCCACCUCCACCGGAGCUGCUGGCUGACCAGCAGAAGACGAGCAGCUUUGGGGGCGGUCAUUUAUCCGGCUAUGCAACGUUGCGGAGGGGGCCACCCCCUGCGCCUCCCAAAAGGGAUCAGAACACCAAGCUGUCGCGAGACUGGUAA